AGACUAGUAUUGGUUGAUAUAGUUUACCGUAGUCUGAAAGAAGGGGGAAAGUGGGAUGUAUUCGGCAAGGUCCCCCUCUCCCGCCUCCUCGAAAUGUCGACACCCCCUCUGAUCUACAUAGAAGCAGUGUCUGCGUACUUUGGGGUCAGUUGUUGAAUGGGACAGGGUACUUUAGACUAUUCCUAUUGCAUCAAGGACACACAUGUGGCUAAGUAAAUCUAGUCCACUGUCGGAUUACCAUCACUUCCAUCGGACUUUUUGUUGGAUAUAUACCACUAAAGAGGACGGGACAUAAGCAAAUGGGAAUCGUUUUUUCUUCACUUUCUGCUGGACUCGGAUUUCGUUUUACAAUGGUAUGUGAUGUAGCAUAGCCCAUGUUCUUUAUAUACACUUCGCGAGCUGUUUUCUUUUCGUAAAGCAUGGUGUUAAUUUAUGAGUAGUUGGGACACAUCGAUUGUUUAUGCAAGUCUGGUAAACAUUAACGUUGUUUUGAUUGCGCAAAAUAGUUUAGUGGCGCGUGGGUUUAUGGUACAUUUGGCACAAUAUGGACAGUUUUACUUGUGACAUUAUUGAAGAUGACGUAUAGCGCUUCUUAGAAAAACUAAUAAGGAUAUAUCUUGUCUAGUAGCCUAGUAAUAUUGUAUUGUGCAGGGUAAUCAAAUCGCGUUGCUCAGACACGUUGCCUAGUGCUCGCUGGCAUAGUUAUGUGUUGUAGCCUACAUGUGAGCUGAAAUUUAGUAGGCUAACUGUGCAAAUGAUUGAAGGAAUUAUAGGCUACUGUUGAUCGUGAUCAUUGUACGGGGCUUUUAUCCUCACCAUUAUAGGAAGCUUAGUCCAUUGUGGCGCAUAGGAUGUGUUUUCACUGUCUUGGAUGGCUGGCUGUGUGAUGUGCAACACUGGUUGUAUGAGGACAAGUGGUACGUUGGAACGCAAUCCUUAUGCAUAAUGCAGAUAACAGUAUCGGAAGUACAUUUAGACUGAGAAUUAAUUUGAAUUGAAAGCUGUCAGGUGAUCGUUUUGAUAUGCGUAAAAUAUGUUUUUGGUGAGUAUUUGGUGAGGAAUGUUGGCGAUGUGAAACGAUUGUUCUUGUCAAUGGUCGUUUGAUGUGACAAAUCGAUGCAGACUGUAAAUAUAGGUUGCUAAACCCCCCAUUCAGAUUAUAAAUAGAUAACUUGAUGAGACGAAACCUUUCAUUUUUCAUUCUCUGCGAACCGGCGGGGAUCUGAAAGUGACUGUUUACUUCAUGUCUGCCUUUGAAGUUAGCUGGAUCUGGCUUUGAUUAGAUCAAUACUUUCUGUUUCAGAGUGAAAAGGAGCCGAGAAGCUCCCCCGCGGAUUUAAGAGAGUGAGGAGGAUUACAGUGGAGCUCAUAGCAGGCACAACGGCACACACGGCAACCGGAGCUGGAGCCAUGAGCAGAGCGCUUACGGACCAUAUCAGCAGUAGCUUCCGAGAAGAUGCUCCCCGUCCCCCGGUGCCGGGGGAGGAGGGAGAGGCGUCAUGCCACACUCCCAGCAAACAUGCCAAAAUGAGAGCCCAAAACAAGGCUAAAGCUGUCACUGUCGCGUCUCCCGGCUCCAUGCCGAGGAGGAACGAGGAUGGACUCGGGGAACCUGAGGGUAGCGCGUCGCCGGAUUCACCCCUCGCCCGGUGGACCAAGUCGUUGCAUUUUCUCCUGGGUGACCAAGACGGUGCUCACCUGUUCAGGACCUUUCUGGAGCGGGAGAAAUGCGUGGACACUUUGGACUUUUGGUUCGCCUGCAACGGGUUUAGGCAAAUGGACCUCAAGGAUACCAAAACGCUACGAGUUGCCAAAGCUAUUUUCAAGCGGUACAUUGAAAACAACAGCAUUGUUGCCAAGCAGUUGAAACCUGCCACUAAAACCUACAUAAGGGAUAGUAUUAAGAAGCAACAGAUAGACUCUGCGAUGUUUGACCAAGCACAAACGGAAAUUCAGUCAACCAUGGAGGAGAAUGCGUACCAAAUGUUUUUAACUUCGGACAUAUACCUUGAAUAUGUGCACACUGGGUGCGAGAACACGGGUUAUGCCAACCAUAGCGGUCUCGGGAGCCUCAAGUUGAUGUGCGGAUUUCUGCCACCUCUCAUUGAGGAAGAGGAGUGGAGUUGUGACUUGAAGGCGAAAACGUUAGCCUCUGUGGUUGGACUAUCUGCUAAUGCGCUGCGGGCCACUGCUUCCAUUCGGACUGCGGCGGAAGUGCUGGAGAAUGGGUACAGGUAAGGAAUGCCUUAAUUUAAUUGAUUAUGUUUACUGUCUAUCGAGUAAUUGAAUUGUUAGUUUUUAUUAUGACUGUUUAUCAAUAUUCUUAUGUUGAAUAGAGAUCCUAAGGUUAAUUAAGUGUAUAGUAUUAGUGAAUUAUUCGUUGUUGGGCAUGUUGUCUGAUGGAUAAUAGCAUAUAACUUGCAUAUAAUCCAGUUAUUAACAUGUUGUAAAGAGCAGAUAUGCAUUUGAACUAGUUAUUUCCUAACUAUGGCAAUACGUUUUUCCCCUCAAAUUCCAUUAUGAGAUAAAAUAUGCUUGAUGGAGAGAAAAAAUAUGAAAGUGGAAAAAUGUAUGUUUGUCCCCUCUGCCCUGCAGUUAGUCAGGGGGGUGCAAACCAUCAAUGGAUCUGGUAUUUCCUUUAAAGUAAAUGGUGUAUUGCAGGCAGCCCUUCACUGUCUUGCUCAUGUUUCCUGUGCUUUGAAAUUGCUACUCCAGUAGAGGCAUGAAUUCAGACACCAAGCCUGUCUGGCUGGCUGUUGCAGCUAGAACAUGAAACUAGUGAUGCAAUUGUGAAGUUAUGCAAUAUUUCUUCAUUUUUCACCCUAUUAUUAAGUAGUCCUAUUAUUACAGACUGUAGUGUAACACACACACACAUACAAGUCAGGAACAUUGUGAAAGUGUGGAUUUUAUGCAAGAGCAUGCAUCAAAGAGAGCCAUUCCAACGUUUUUCACCAAACUGUUCCCCUAGUAUGUCCAUACAUUAAAAACAACAUCUGGACACAAUGAUCACAGAGUAGUUAGAGAGUGUCUUGUUCCUUUCGGUGUCCAUAGGAAAAGAGUGAUUUGAAAAAGGGGCAGUUUUCAAGGAAACACAUUUUUCUGAGAAAUGUUUGUUGAGAAGAGGAGAAACUGGGUAACGUGUAUGAUAGUUUCAUGACAAGUUUUCAAUUACUAGUAUUUUAUCUAAUUCAUAUUCAACUUUCAUGCUAAAAUAGUUUGGCAAUGGGUUAUGGGUUGACUGUCAGGAAUAUUAGUUCCUAUGGCAUGAUAACUCUACAUGCCAUAGCUAGCUAGCAGGCUGGGGGACAGUGUUGCUGUGGCAGACAGGAUGUUCAGAAGGGGCCAUGUUGAGUUGGGAACUGAAGGGGGACUCAGGGGUUGUUGACAUGAGGGCAUCUCCUCAGCUUCCUGGUGUGAUCCGCACAUUCUUGUGUUUCACUAAAGAAAAGGGAUAGCCCCCACCCCUCCCUCUCAUCUCUUCCCCACCCCUCCCUCUCCUCUCUUCUUUCCCCCUGUCCCUCACCAACUGUUUAGGUCAACACAUUUCCAUCUGAAACAUGUGGAACUAAUUUCACUACUGCACUCAGAUUUAAUUUUUUCCCUCUGAAAGUUAGCCACUCUCCUCCGAAAUAACGUGAAAAAACAUAGCCGGCGCAGUUCAGCGUCAAACCCCCGUUACCCAUUUCGCUUGUGAUGUUUUUCCCCCCCUCCUUUCUACCCAUUGCUUUUAUCUCGUCUUUUAGAGAAAUCCCUCUGACAGAGCCUAAGCAUGUGCUUUGGAGGGAGACAGGAAGGGGGGGGGGGAAUCAUGAAAGAAAGAAAGAAAGAAAAAGAGAGGAAGGGAGGAACCGAGAGCCCAGCUGCGCUAAAUACCUGACUCUUUGCGCGAACCUCCAAAGGUCAGGUUUGAGCUGGGGCCUACGGCUUUAGUCAUCCUCCCGGCAGUAGGCAUUCUCAUAAAGAAAGAGGCCCUCCUUCCCCCUUCCCUCACUCCCUCUCUCCCUCUUUUGCUCUCUCUCUCUCCCUCCCCAAGCUCAAGUUCUCCCCUCCUUCCUCCCUGUCCACCCCCUUCACUAGUGGAACAGGAAUGCAACACAGCAGGAGAGAGUAGAAAGAGAGAGGGAGAGAGAGAGACUUUAGAAGGAUGGGAGGGGGGCUUGGUUGUAGGAGAAGAAGGAGGGGUAUACAGAGGGGCCUGGAUUUAAGGAAAGAAGAGAGGAAAAAAACCAGUAAGAAAAGAGUACACUGCUUCAGAGAGUGAAAAAGUGCGGGAGUAGGGCCCUUGCCCAAACAAAAGGGUAGAGAGAUAGCAGGAGAGCGAGGGGAAGUGGCUCUGUUGUCCAUUCACAUACAGCUGAGCUGCUCACUUCACUCACCCCCUCCCUUACCCCCCCCCCCCACCUCCCUGCCUGUACGAUGGGGGAGGGGACAUGAAAGGGAGAGAGAAAAUAAAAAACAUUGUCACAUUCCUGAGGCUUGCGAAAGUGACUGUAAUUAUUCAAAUCUGUAGGAACUCCAACUCGAAAAACUUCAAAUCAAACUUUUACUCUAGCUCCAAAGCAAAGACUCUUACUAAAACAUGUACACAAGUAAACACACAAACUCCAUUUACAUAGCUAAUACAGGUUCACCAAUAGAAGUCUAUGCAUGGCACUGACGUUUUUCUUUGGGUGUCAGUAAUGAAAUGGUGGAAUAUGUAUUGUAGUGUAAAAGGGACUGUAUCAAGGACUCAAGGACAGUUGCUGUUGUUUUUGGCAGGUCACACAGACGUGGAGACCCGGCCAGUCCCUACUUUGUCAACUCGGGCUAUGUGUUCGCCCCUGCCACCAGUGCCAACGACAGCGAGAUCUCCAGCGACGCCAUGACGGACGACUCCAUGUCCAUGACCGACAGUAGUGUGUAAGUGUUCUCUCAGCGUUCUCUUCAGGGUUUUCUCUGGGUUUCUCACCUUUUGACCUGGGUUGGGGGUCAAUUCCAUGUCAACUCCAUGUCCAUUCUGAAAAUCAUUUCACAUUCAAAGUUGACUCCAGGCCUGCCUUUCUGAAGCAUGUCUGAACGUCUAUAUAUUCUGAAGCUCAAAAAUUACUUUGAUCAUUUAGCCAUUCAGUUAACACCUUUCAUGGAUACAUAUAUACGGAAACAAUUGGCAAAGACACUCAAGGACUAAAUAUCAAGUUUAUCUGAGAAGCUGGCGCUUGUGUUGUUGUGAAAGGGAAUGGGAAGUUUAUGUUUUAAUGAUCCUUUCAGAUUGAGUUCAGAUAAUUCUAUUAAUUUAUGAAGUGCCUCUAGGCUUGGGGGGGGGGGUGUCUGUGAAAGUAAUUAUGUGGAAAAAUCUGUUGAUGUCUAUUCUGAUGUGUUACAGGCAGAACUUCUUGAUGUGGGGGGGGGGGGGGGUGAGGGUGUAGUGGAGCGUUGCCUCAGUUUUCCUCAAAGUAGAAAUGUAUCCAUCCCACCCACAACAGCCUUGUGUGUGUUUUUUCUUCAUAUUAUCUAAUCGCUUUUUCCCUUUGAAGGACUAGAAGGGAAAGAGAGAGAAGGGGGGUGGGGGUGUGAAGACAGGGGGGAGGGAGAGAGAGAGAGAGGGUGAGGGGAAAUAGCCAUUUGGACCUUAAGACAAACUCAUUGAAAAAUGUUGGCAGCAAAUGAAAGUGAGCUUACUCACAUGGUGGCGCGGUUUCCUGCUCUGCUACUGGCCCUCUCUCUCUCUCUCUGCUGCUGCAGCGCCACUGCUGCUGCGAUCAUGUGUCAGCGAGGCUUUCACGGAGGUUACUCAUUCCUGGACCCCAGGAUAGGGUCAGGAGGGACUCCCACUGCCCAGAUUAGGGCACCCCCAAAAUCAACCCGCCCCCCACCCUCUCUCCCCAACCUUCCUCCCUUACCCCUCCAACCCCAACCACCCCCCUAUUUCCCUCUACUCCCCUCUCUCCUUCCCUCUUCUCCUGCACUCCGAGCCAAUAGCAGGGGAACGGUGAGGGUUUGGAGUGCAAGGGAGUGAGAAAAUAAAGUGCAGGGAGGAUAAAAGGCUUAACUGAAUCGCUUUCAGCCUAUUGUUAGCCGAGGGGAGCUUAGGGGGAUAAGAGGGGUGGCUGUCUGCUUUGAAAAUGACUUGCACAACUGAAUAGGAGAUCCCCAUAAAGUAAGGGCCCGUGAAAGGUCUGUUUUCUUCUUCUUUGCCCAUGCAUCGCCGCCACAACCAUCACAAAGGGCCUCGGCCAUCGCAUAGGCCUGGCUCGCUGGGGUUGAUUAAAAACGCAACAGGAGAGAGUGAAUGAGAGAGAGAGAGAGAGAGAGAAAGGGUGAGGGAAAGGGAUAGAUUGAGUGGUGUUUUGGAAGGAGAAGGGCCUGAGUUGGGUUUUUGUUUGGUACAUUGUUUUGUGAAUUGUAACUUUUUUUUUGUCACAAAUUUCUAGAGUUUUUUCAAGUGUCUUGAAGGUUCAUGACUUGUAAUCGAAGGAUAAAAGUUAGGGAAGUAUCAAUUUUGAUACUUGUAAGAAGUAUGCCGCUCUUACAUGGGCAUUAUUGGCAGUACUAUCUAGGCUCCAUCUGGUAAUGCCAGUGUAAGUAGAACCCUGAGGCAUACAAACCCAGAGUCAUUUGACCAAAUGAUAUAUUAAGUAGAAAAAAUUGAUCCCACUAGAAUUCAGUCACGUCUUUUUCCUGUGAACGUCUUCAUGUGAAUUAUUAAAACGUCUUAUGUUACAAAGUGUAGCGCCUGGCAAUGGCCUGCCCUGCACAGAGUUCUUUGAGCCUUUGACAAUCUCCUGUCCUCUCCCCCUGUCCCUCUGCUCUCUCUCUCUACCCCUCACCGAUUGUAAUAAAAACCACAGCUUCUUCCUCCUCAUUGGGGGGAACAAUUUGAUUAGUGUGUCCUUUUAUAGUUGGUUAAAAGGCACACUGCAAAUUUGAAUCUAAUUUCCAGAUAAAGAACAAGAGGAUGAGGAUUUUUGGGGGGGGGGUGGAUGGGGGGGGGGGCAUUUUUUUCUCUCUUUUUGCUUAUAUCUUAUUUAUGGAUUUACUUGGACGCUAGGGAAUGCUGCUGCGCUAACUUCAAACAUUACCUUAUCUUACAAACCAGCCUUUUGAUGUUGCUGAGAUCAGAGGCUUGCUGGCGAAACGCUUGCCAAAUGAAGAUGGCAGCGGGUGCAUAUGUGCAUGAGUGUGAGGUUUCAAAGAGGCAGUGGAAAAACUAGCGUUUGGGCUAGGUCAGACACUUCUGAGCAACCAAAAAGACCAAGAUAAUUGGCCAGGCUUAAAUGGCAGCGGACUGGAAAAGCACACUUUGGAGGGCAAGAAAGAGAAAAAGACACCUCCCCUUUCUUCCCCCCGCUACUGCCUAAAGGAUGAAAUGUCCAGAGACACUUGUUUUUUCAGCUACAAUAUGGCUGUUUUUCUUUAUGUCAAACCUUUCUUUAUGUCUAACACCGCUUUAAGCAAGAUCGCUAGCCCCUCGAGUAGCAGCAUUCUAGGCUUCUACUCUUAGCCAGCUUUAGCAAGGUAGUCGUUGUUACUGAGGCUAGAAUUUAAAGUACCUUACUUAGCUGACAUUUUGAAAAAUCAGGCCCUUCCAAUGUUGACAAGGACUGAUGGGAACUUAUCAGUGGGACACUUUUGAACCCCAGCGUCCGGGAUGUUUAGCAUAUCUCCCCCCAUUGUCCCGGUGUGUGUUUUGUUAUGUGUGUUAUUGUUGCCUUGGCUUCAAGGCCCUUCAAGGGCUCCUCUGGUCUUUGAUUUGGGCUGUGAUGCGCCCACCCUGGGGGCAAUGGGGGGUGGUGGGGGUCAGGGUGGUGCUGGGUUGGUCACGUCAGUGAUGAUCAGGGGUUCUGUCGACAUCACUAGCCUAAUGUGUCUUUCACGCGGCUAAUGCAUUUUGAGUAUUACUUGGGCCUGUGGGGUCACUAGUGGGAAUGUUUGAACACAUCCACAACAUCAACAACAUCAUUCUAGAUAAUUUGGUUUUAAGCAAAGAGAUAGGGAGGCGAGAAAAUGUAAAUGUUUCUAUGGAGAUACUGUAGAUAUGUAGCGGUUAGCAUGCUAGUUUGCUAACUAGCCCCUGGUUCUUCAGGGGACAUUUUGAGUGACCUGUGACUAUGUUAUUGACCCUGUGUCCUACCUGUGUCCCUUCUGACAGAGAUGGGAUCCCUCCAUACAAGCUGGGCACCAAGAAGCAGCUCCAGCGGGAGAUGCACCGCAGCGUCAAGAUCAACGGCCUGGUCUCGCUACCCCACUUUCCUGUGAGUCCCGCUUCCUGUUUUGAUGUCUGAUGUCUUUAUAUACAGUGUCUUUAAACUCCACAAACUUUUCUCAAUCGCCCUUUACAACCGGUUCCCUUUCCCCCCCAUUGGGACCUGUGUUUUCUUAUUUUUUAUUUUGCAGAGUGCAUGUUAUUGAUGUUGUGGUAGAAUACUAUAUUUUUCCCCCCCGCUCAUUUUCCUGUAAAAGUCAGGGAAAAUGAAAAAUGAAAUUUGCAUAUCACUUAUUUUCUCUCCUGCUCAGCCAUAUACACCCCCUCCCUUCCUCCCAUCCAACGGCUGUCAUUUAUAGCUGUCAAAUAUAGACCCCUGUUGCUUUCCUUCCUUGUGUUUACCUCCAUAACUUAGUCAAGAAUGUUAUAAAUGCAUCAUGUUAAAAAAAAAAAUGGAUAAUGAUGGUGGUGGUGGUGAUAAUGAGGAUGAUUAUCAUUAGAGGUCAGGGGUCACAGAACCAAGCCUUGUGAUGCUCCCUAAAUCAGCCAGCUUACUACUCAGCCCUGUGCUUUGAUCAUGGCGAUGAAUGAAUGGGACCCAGGUUGCCUGGCCUCUUUAUUGACAACCUCCAACAGCCCCCCCCACACACACACUCCCCUUUUGUCACAGUAGACCCCUACCCCCACCCCAGCCCCCAUAUGACUCUCACCACCCCCACCCCCACUGCCUGUAGUGUCAUGUGCAAGCAGGGGUCUCUAAAUGCAUGGUACUUCAUGGCACAACUCUAGGGCUUGGAGUGGUUAGAUUGACACUCAGUGCUGGGGCACCCGUGUCAGAAAACAACCAAUGCAAAUUGUUUUGUCCUCUUCCCUUCACAAUGUGUUUGUGUACUAUCUUGACGCAUAGGAAAGGCUUUGUGUGUGUGUGUGUGUGGGUGUGUUGUGUAGGGAGGGGAUGUAGCCAAGUAGAAGGGGCCCUUGUUGUCUGUUUCUCUCUCCUCGCUCCCUCCCUUCCCCACUUGCUCUCCUUUUAAUGUCUCCCUCCUGAUUUGGAGAUGGCUCGGGCUCCCAAGAUGCACCAGCCCCAGGCAGCGGGGGCUCUGCGUGGCGCUGACGCGCCUUUGCCAGCAGCCCCUCGCUCUCCUUUCUUCUCUCUUCCCUUCAUCGUCUCUACAAAGAGAUGAGAGGACCAACAAAAAAAGAGAGUAAAAUCAAGAAAGCCAGAGCGCCAAAUAAUAAUAAAAUACAGAAGAGAGAAAAGAAGAUGAGAGAAGCCGGCACAUAUAGUUAGAGAAAAAUAGGAUAAUGCGACUACAGUACCUCAGAGGUGCCCUGCGUGCAGUCAGGAAAUAAAUUACCACUUCCCCUUAGAUCUCCCCGGUAUUUGACUCCUCUAUCCUCCUCUCCUUCGCUCCCUCCCUCCCUCCUACCACUCCACAAGCGCCACACAUCUCUCAAUCCUCUUCCUCCUUUUUUCUUCUUCCUCUUCUUGUUUUAAUAUUGUCCCCCUCUCUUUUUUUCUCUGCCUCCUCCUCUGACUAUCGAUAUCUGUCUUUUAUUCGGGGAGAUUUAAAGCCGCGUGUCCCUCCCACCCCAAGCGGUGGAGUGUUUGAUGUUUGACAAGGGCCCCUUUGAAGUGUGCUAACUUCAGAGGCUGCCUCCGCUGAUGGCUUGGUCGGAGUACAGAGGGAGCAGGCGGGGGGCCCUUCCUCCUCGGAGCCAGACCAACUGCUACCCCCCCCCUCAUCCCGCUACCCCGCUGACGGGCAGGCGGUGCCAAGGACAGCGGGAAUGGGGAGGGGGAUUCGGGCUAGGGGUUAGCCCAGGGGCAAGGGCAUCAAAGGAGGCCUAUAGAGUUAGAGUAGAGGGCACUGGAGGAAUUGGGGGGCAAACUAGGGACAACUAACUCAAACACUCACUCAAACACACACUCAAAAGUGUCCUUCCUCCCAUCUCGCUGCUACAGAGGACACACAGGCUGCCAAAAGAGAUGACGCCGGUGGAGCCCUCGGCCUUCGCCGCCCAACUCAUCUCCAGACUGGAGAAACUGAAAAGGGAGCAGGACACCAUGAGCUCCCUGGAGGAGAGGCUACAGCAGAUCCAGGAGGUAAGAAAACCCCCCUUUCCAAACUACAUUGGUACAUCCCACCUCACUCCCCAACCCACCUGCAUUGAGCUAUGAGCUUUGGAACGUUCCAUUGUGACCUAGUUUAGGUGACUCUCCGGUCCUGAACCCUGUCUUUGCUACCUAGAAAGGCAAUGUAGCUAGGAGGAGCCAUGUGAGAAGUUAGCUUUGUAGCUAGCUAGCUGACUCUUCUUCCUUGAUUCAAAGAGACUUUGCGUGCGGUCUUGCUUUAGAAAGAAUAAGACCCAGGGGAAUUUAACUAACUAAGGGUCUGCGGUGGAGUUUAGCGACUUCUUCUCUUAGUCUUCAUUCCUCUUCUGAGGAAGUUUCAAACUUAUGUUUCUUGACACACUUGAAGUUUCUUCAAAUGGUUAGCGCUUAGCGCUCAACUCUCCAGCGGCGUAUUGCUGAGUGUGUGUAGUGCCAGUCUCUUUGUGAGUCUGGGCUUGCUGUGCAUUAUAGAUGAAGAACGAAGAAGCUAGCACACCCAAAGCCUGUUAGUAAGUAGAACCAGGGUGAAAGAAACUGAACGAGAAAGUCAAAUCAAGUUACGCCAUAGAAAUCGUCUCAGCUACUUCACAAGCCAAUACAGUACAUGGUGUUUGUCGCAGUGUGAAGUUUGCUGCGAAUGGUCCAAAUAUUGUCAACUGACUGAAGUAGCGUUUUCCGCAAAUGUCAUUUGGUUGGGUUUAGCAAGCUAGCAAUGCUUAUAUUUGUAGUGUUAUGGAAUUGAGUUGGUUAAAUUGUCCCUGUACUUCUAUAUUGCGUCCAUGUUCUAAAGCACUAUGUCUUUGUGUGUGCGUAGGAGGAGGAGAGGGAUGAGAGUGACCUCUCCACCACCGUCCCGCUCUACCACCCCCUGCUUCCCCCCUCGUCCGGCGCCGAGGAGGACGCCCAGGCCAUCCUAGACGAGCACCUAUCCCGGGUGCUCAAGACGCCCGGAUGCCAGUCGCCCGGCGUGGUCCGCCACUCGCCCCGCUCGUGCUCUCCCGACCGGCCCUCUGCCGCCGUGAUCCCCUUCCUGGGGCCCUCGUAUCCGGGGGCCUCCAAGGGCCUGUUGGCUGGGAUCAGGCAGUCAACCAAGCACAUCCACCACCAUUACAUCCACCACCACACCGCCACCGGCCCCAAGAGCAAGGAGCAGAUCGAGGCCAGAGGCGGCGCAGCACAUCCAGUGUCCUCUGUCCCCCAGGGGGCGCCGACUACUCCGACUUCACCCCCGGGUCAGUUCACAUACAAUAUUACCUGUACUGGGGUUCCGUUAACAAUUCACAUCAAGUACACUACAUUUACUUUAGAGUUGUGCUGGGGUCUCUUCACAUACACUUCACAUACAACUACAUUUACCUUAGGGCUGUACUUGGGUCAGUGAUUUAAACUGUGUACUUAGGACACUGGCAAUGACACCUUAUCUUAUGGAUAUGUCUCAGCAUAUGCUGAGUUUAAUUUAGAUUGAUGUGACAAGCUGUAUUGUUCCUAUCGCUUGGCUCUAGUGAUUGCUGUAGGAAAAUGUAGUCUCUCCUCAUGGAAUAGUCCCAUGUAACCCUCUCCUCUCUGUCUCCCCUCCAGCCGCUGCAGCAGUUUGUCCAAGCGGCCGGGGAUGCCGUGUGAAGGCAUAAGCCUGAGCCAGGCCAAUGGCAGCGAGGGGGUCACGUCCCCACCCCACCUGCCCCUGGAUUCCACGGACCGCUCGCAGAACGUCUGGCAGUGGAUCCUGGAGAGCGAGAGGCAGGGCAAGAACAAACCUCACAGCAGCACUCAGGGCCUGAAGAAGACCCACCUCCCGGACCCCUCCACGCCCAAGACCCUUCCUGGCCGAACGCACACUUCCUGGGGAGGCGUGGGCGGCAUGGGGGGUCACCUCCGUGGAGGUCACCAUCCGGCCCACCCCUUCAUCCAGGACCCGGCCAUGCCUCCCCUGCCCCCGCCCAACACCCUGGCCCAGUUAGAAGAAGCCUGCAGGAGGCUAGAGGAGGUCUCCAAGCCCCCCAAACAGAGGUAGGCACACAUACACACACUCAAACACUCAUAUAGCCCCUCUUUGUCCUAGCUUGAGAUGUAUAGUCAUUUACAUUGAGCCAAAUUAAUCUAUCCAAAUUAAUUGAGAGAUUUUCUGAAAUGGUUGACUUCAGUCGACUAUUAAAGCCUACACCUGUUUUCCUCCAUCUAUGUCAUGAAUACCGAUUCCAUCAAUCUCAUUCCAUUGUUUCUUUGUCUCUGUCUUUCUAUGACUGACAGGCAUUCAACGUCUAGCCUUCAAAGAGACAGGAGUCAUCCUGUGCCUUUCCCCAGUGGAAACCCACCUCUGUCCAGCCCCGCACUUCAAACAGAGGAGUACGUUCAUCUUUCUCUCUCUCUCCCUUCGUACUAGCUGCCUUUCUUUCUCUCUCUUGCACUUGUCCUCUCUCUGAUUUCCCCCACGAUAGGGAUAGUGUGAGUCAGCAUGUCUAUCCCUUUGAACUCUUCUUUUCUCUCUCGCUUUUAAUCAUUUAAGAUUAAACAUGAUGGGUGUAGUCUGACACAGUCGUCACACACACACACACACACACACCGGCGGAUACACAGACGUACACAUGGAAGAUAAAGACCUCUGCUACCUCAGCCCUGUGUGUGUUGGUGUGUUGGUGUGUGUACGUCUGUAUCUGUGUGUUUGUGUAGGGCAGCUUGGUUGUGUUUGAUGUUAGGGCCGUAGCCAACUGACUGCCAGGGUCUAUUGAGAUUUAAUUGGCUGACCUUCAGCGGGCCAGCUGUCUCGUCUGAAGUAUAGGACCACGAAAAGGCCCCUGGAAGUGAACGAGGAAGUGUGUGGGUGUGUGUGGGAUCAAAUGCACACACACACACCUGUAAUUGGGUCAGGUUCACCUUACCCUAAGCCAGGGUUCUUCAAUUCCGGUCCUGGAUGGCCGAAACACCUCUGUUUUUCAUCCUCUCCUUCUAAUCAGGGGCUAAUUCAGACCUGGGACACCAGGUGAGUGCAAUUAACUACCAGGUAGAAAUAAAAAACAGAAGUGUUUCGGCCCUCUAGGACCGGAAUUGAAGAACCCUGCCCUAAAGCUAUUCCUCACUAAAUUCAGCUUAUUCAGUACUGCCUAACCUCUGAACCAACAUUUACACACUGCCCAUGUUAAGAGUGUUCGUAGCUCUGGAUAAAAAUGUCUGCUAAAUGACUCAAAUAUAAUGUCAAUGUUAAAUCUUAGCUAUGGGAUCAGGUUAUGCUUUCUUUAUCUAAUGUGUUGCUUGUCUCUCUGUUUCCAGGUGGAAAGAGCCAAAGAAGUCGAUCAGCGGUGUGAGUGUAUCUGGCUGUGACCUGGUGGUCACCUACUUCUUCUGUGGUGAGGAGAUCCCCUAUCGCAGCAUGAUGAAGACACACAGUCUCACCCUGGGACACUUCAAGGAGCAGCUUAGCAAAAAAGGCAAUUACAGGUAAACACCGAGACUAAUACACACACCUUUAAUAUAAAACUACGGGUGAACACACACACAUCUUUCAUGCACAACACACCUUUAAUGUACAACUAUAGGUAAACACCCCCCUUUCAAACACACAUUUCAUGCACAACACACACUCUCUAGCUAAAGAGCAAGACACUUUUUUUUUCACGAUUUGAGUGCGUGUGUGUGUUUGUCUAUGUACGUGUGUUUGUGUAUGAACUAAAUGUGUGUGAAGUAGUGAGAAGGAAGAGUAGAACUCUGUCUGAGCGAGGGGGGGAUGGGUCGAUCCACUGUACAGAGCGGAAAGGAAGGGAUUUUUACUGGAACGAUUUGGUUCACAUCUGCUAUUGAUUUCCAUAGUAAGGCAAUCUUAAUAAGGACGGCUUUGAAGUCCAGGCCUUUUAUUUUGUGUACAAAGACUCAACAAGCCACUGCGAGGCACCCAAAUUCCUCCUCCUCCCAAGGAUUACAUCAGGCAGUAUUACGGGCACCUUUUUCUUCUUAGAUUCAGUUAUAUGUUGAUUUAACAUUUAAGAGGGUCGCAUGAGUUGUCAAAAUCACUGGUGUUUUGAUUAGUAGUCGUUGAAAGUGGAUAUGACUUGAUAAAGUUAGGAAUUAGAGAGAGACUGAAUCGUUUCACACAAUUUCACAUUCAACCAAAAGGAACCUACACCUAAAGGGGACUCUAGAGUAAAGUAGAGUUUUAUGACCGUCAUAUCUAUAGGUUGUAGCACACCAAAGAGACAGUAUUCCAUGACAUCAGUAUCUCGAUUCUAAACACCCAUCCACAUCUGCUUGUUAGUCCGCGCUAAACCCAUCCAAACAACUCAUCACACCCCCACCAUCCCGUAACUCUUCCGCGGGAAAGAAAGGUUGAUUUGAAGCCGAUGGCUCUAAUGGCUCAGAAUGUGUGGAGUUGGUUAAUUUCAACAUGGCAGGAGAACAGUACUCGGCCACGUUUCCAGAUGAUAUCGGUGCCAGAUGUUGCAUAGAGAGAAACUUUGCCAUAUAUAACAUGAUCCAAUGGAAAUACUCCUUUUCUCUCCUUAUUCUCUAUCGGUACUUCUCUCGCUCUCUUUCUCUCCUCUUUCUCCCCCAUUCUCUAUUUUCCUCUCUUCUCUCGCUCUCUUUCUCUCCUCUUUCUCCCCCAUUCUCUCUCUUCCUCUCUUCUCUCGCUCUCUCUUUCUCUCCUCUUUCUCCCCCAUUCUCUCUUUUCCUCUCUUCUCUCGCUCUCUCUUUCUCUCCUCUUUCUCCCCCAUUCUCUCUUUUCCUCUCCUCUCUCGCUCUCUCUCUGAAAAGAAGAGAUGCCUUGGAACUAUUUGUUGGUGAAGAUGGAGCACUUUCAUCCAAAGAAUAAGGUUGUGAUUAAAUGGCAAGAGACACGAGCAUCUAUUUAGAUUUGAUUUAUGUCACGAAGAUGCACUUGGCUAAGGCCUCUACCUUAUUAGUUUCAGUAUCAGUGUUAGGAUCAGUAGUUUCAGUGUUCAGGCUUCCAGAAAGGUUUGAGGCCCUUCGUUUCGCUACAGCCUUCAACCAUGUUGAAAAUGCAUCAUCCCAAAAAGCAUAGUAACGCCCAACCAUCCAAACCACACCCUAGCAGCUGUACGACCCUCCCUCACCAUUACUCCGCCGUUUGCCAACCCUCUCCGCUUGCGCCUAAGUACGAUUAAAAACAUGAUGAAGAAGUGGAGAAAAUAACAUGCUUUUUACGUGUUACACGUGUUGUUUGUAUGACUUGUAGGCCGGCGUCGCUCAUAAAAACAAGGGAGUCGGAAUUCCUGGGCCCAGGCAUACAUGGGUAAAAUGAGGCAUUUUCUAUUACCAAGCUUAUCAUUAAAUCUCCCCUGUUGGUCAUCACUGCCUUUAAAGCUAGAGGAGAAGAAACCAUUAGUAACUCUAGUUAGUAGACUUCAUAGACUGAGCUGAAUCAAGCCUGGGAUUUUGGGGGGAGGGAGGGGUGAGGGGUAGGUGGAGGUGUUGGUGAGGUGACUCUUUGACCUCCAGGAGACUGUCUGGAUUGGUGUACUCCUCCUCGCGGGGUAUCGGCCUUCGGGCCCGGCCUGCGUCCAAUCUAUCACACUCACGGAGGGGGUCCGGGAGAGAGGCCUGCUCCUCUCUUUCGCUCUCCCUCUGUUCUCUGCUGUUGAUCGGAAAGCUGCCCAAAGUUUCUCUCUCUCUCUCUCUCUCUCUCUCUCUCUCUCUCCAUAGUUGUCUCUAGCAGUGUGUUAGUAGGUGUGUGUGUGGGGCGUGUAGUGACAGGCAGACUCUCAGGCACCUAAAAUGUCAGCCCUAGUGAAAGGAAGGCCCUUCAUUUGACAGUGGGGCACAAUUAAAAGGCCAGGCUAGACAAGGGGAGCUCAGUGCUAAGGGAGGGGGGGGGGGGGGGGGGGGCUUAAGACAGGUCCUAAUUAGCCCUUCAACUUUAAUGAGACCUUCCAGGACAGAUAGGCAUCUGUACAAUGGCCAGCAGUCAAGUUCCUUUAGCUCCCUCUCUCUUUGGUCUCCGCUGCUGCUGCUAAUUCCCUGAAAUGAUCACUGACAGAGCUAUACCCAACCUGGCAACCCAAACUAGUUGGAGUGGUUGGGGUUGCCAGGGUGGGAUGAGUUCUGUUUGUGAGUGGCGUUGGUGGUGCGUAAUGUAGUCAAACUUUGUUCUUUGAAGUUAGAGGGAUGGCGCUGAACUGUGUGACUAAGGCUGUUUGGUUACAGGUUUGAGUCAUCGUGUGUGUGGGAGUUGGUUGUGUAGGUGCCGAGAAACUAUUUUCAUGGUAUAAAAUACUAUUUUUAGCACUCACUUGUCCAUAGUGACGAGUUAAAGAGGAAGACACCAUGCUAGUUUUGUUUUGUACUCUCGAAACACCUUUUCUGACCAUGCCGCUCUCUCUCUCGUUUCUCUCCAGGUACUACUUCAAGAAGGCCAGCGACGAGUUUGAGUGCGGGGCCGUGUUCGAGGAGGUAUGGGAGGACGGCGCCCUUCUGCCCAUGUAUGAGGGCAAGGUCCUGGGUAAGGUGGAGAGGAUGGACUGAUGCCACCCUUACCCACCCUACCUUACUCAUCAACCAAAUACCCAACCUCCGGGGCACAGACUGUCGCGAGGAACCGGAGUGAUUGACUUGAUUGGGGGAAAACGCUCCAGACUUUCUUUUCUACUAUUAAGCUAAAUAAGAGUUAAUAUAUCCAGCACAAGAGGAGUGUGAUUGAAGGAACACGAGCCAAUGAAGUAUGCCGAACCCAGAGGAGGCCCUGCCUCCCCUCACUUUCUUAACCAAUCAGCCUUAGAAACGCAAGUGAACGACACUACAGACUGAGAGAGAGAGAGACGGCGAUUGGAGGCCUCUAGGCUCCCUGAAUAUAACCACUGAAGAUGCAGAUGACUGUUUGUCCAUUACAAGAGACUAACGUUGCGAUUACGUAAUGGUAACAUUGUGAGAACGUUGAGCUAACGUUGCGUCGCUCCCUGAUCACCUGCAAUGGACUGGCUACAGCACCAGAAGCCCCGCGAAUGCCGGCACCUGCUCUUAUAACAUUGUGCUAACGUUGUGCAAACGUUGUUACAAAAUGAAACUUCUGUACGUGUGCAUAUACAUACAUGCAAAUAUGUGUAUAUAUACAUGUAUUAUAUUAUAUUGAUGCGUUUUUGUCAUGAGUUGAAAGUUUGAGUAUUUAUUGAAAAAUUGUCCUCUCCCUCCCCCUCCCUCACGUUCAACUUGUCUAUCCCCAUCCCCAUCCCCACCCCCACCACCCAACCAACCCAACCCCGUCCCCCAUGUCCAGUUGAUGGACAAGCUGCUUCGAGUGUUGGGAGAAUACUGUGGUGAUUAUUUUAAUUUUAUUUACCUUGUAAUGUCACAAAGGUCAUGACACUAGCCUAGUGCUCCCCCUAACUUCCCCCCUUUACCCAUGUCCAACCUCACUGUACCAGGGGUCUGCUGAGACUGAACCUUCCACUGUCGUAAGUAAACCAACCAACAACCCAGUCUUAAUAUAUGCUGCUGCUGAUAUGUGUUCUCUUCCGUUUCUAAGCCAGAGUAAGAGUAGUUAGUUUUCUCUCACUCCAGCACAGAGCUCUAUCCUUUUUAGUUGUUGUGCCUUUUGUGGACCAGGCAUCACACAGGGAAAGACAAGAAAGAAAGAAAGAAAGAAAGAUGGAUUAGAUGAACAGAGAGGACCUGGAGAAAACUUGUACCAUCUAAUAAUGGAAUGUGUUUACAGCGAGCACACCAAAAUAACCUUGUCGCGCUUCUAUCAAAAUGACCACCUCUCCAGGAAGCGGUGGCUUAAUAUCGCUACGUUUCAAAAUUGCUUCCGAUCCAUAUUUAUUAGCAAAGAAAAAAUGUUGCUCCAAUAGCAUUUGAAUGUUGUGAAAAGAACAUCUUAAACUACAGAGCUCCUGUAUACAUUUGUAAUUAUGCAUUUUCUGAAGUAUGGAUAAAAGGACACAAACACUAUUGCUAGUGUUUUGAUGAGGACAGCACCUGUGCCUACAUGGAUGCCAUACCAUGUGCUACCCUGAUUCAGGGUGUUAAUAAUUAUUCCCUUGGUUUUCAGAAGGGUUUUAUGUUGAAAAUAUUUUUUAUGCAUUUAAUAAUAAUAUCCUGUAAUCAUGUUAUUUGUUUUUACGCCAUGGCUUUUUUUGUUUUGUUCUAUCUAAACUGUAAAUUAUACAUUAUAUACAGAGUUUCAUUUAAAGAUUUACAUGGACCUAUAAUUAUUGUAAUUAUUAAGAGAUGUAGCC